UAUAAUCAUUUUGGUGGACCACCUCGUCACCUGCAACGACAGUGUGCUAUAUUGCCAGCACUCUCUAGCAGAAAUCUAUAGCAUGUGUAAAAUUAAUAUACCUGUCUCACAGACACAGUCGAUGAGAUGUACGUCAUUAUCUGCACAGAGCUUGGUCAUUUAGGAACUUCAAUCCCGCCGUACGACAGAGCCACUUUAUGUGACAAUAGGAGAUCAUUCAGGAACUUCAAUCCCGCCAUACGAAAGAGAUACUUAUGUGAUAAUAGGAGGAGACGAUGAGCUCAUAACAACAUACAGCCAUCCCCCCUCCCGCGCAAGCAUUGUACUAUAAAGUAUGGCAGCCCAACGCGGUCCAGCUGUCGAAAGGUGUUUCGUUGUCGUUGUAGUUCGGUGCAACUAUUUACUACAAACAACCUCCAAGAAGUUAGGAUGGGAUUUUGGCAGGUUCUCACUCGUUCCAAGACCCAGCCAAAGUCCUCGGCCCCCGAUGAAGCCUCUUCAGAAACGCGAAAGACAGAACCCCCGGCACCCAAGACAAAAAAGAAAAACCCUGAAAAGUGUUUUGACGAGUGUACAGCAUGUAUGUCAAUCGUGGAGCGUAGUGCUACCCUGCAACCCACAUGUUCCCACCGUUAUUGCCGUCCCUGCAUAACCAGAAUGUUCGAGUGCUCCGUCAACAGCAGUGGUUGUUUCUUGCCUCCAACAUGUUGUCGCAAGGUCAUUCCGGUCUGGCUCGUCUCUGGAUGCCUCGGGGAAGACAUGACCAAACGUCUCAAAGAAAGAAUGGCGGAGUAUAAAGAUCCUAGGAAAACAUAUUGUUUCAAUGCGAGUUGUGCACGGUAUCUUGCUCCUUCUCCCCGCCACGAUCGCUCCAGGGCAUGCAGUUAUUGCCUGCAGAGCACUUGUACCUCUUGCAAAGGACCCUCCCACCAAGGGCGGUGUGACAGUAAUGUCUCUACUGUUCGAGACAACGGAACCAAAGAAUUUCUCAAGUUGGCGAAGAAGGAAAAGUGGAGGAAUUGUCCCGGGUGUCACCGGAUGGUGGAACGCUACGAAGGCUGCCAACAUCUGUAGUGAGUCGAACCCCUUUCAGGCAUUGUCUUCUCCAGUAAAUGCUAAUCGUUCUAAGCUGUUUGUGCGGCACUG